CCAAAUGUAGCUUUACAAAGAAAAGGUUUUUGUCCGUCUUCAGGGAGUCUGCUGGCUUUUUUGGAAAACACUUCGUGGUCGAAGGAAACUAAGAGCCGGAUAAUAAGCAGAGUUUGACAAACAAACUCAAAGCAGCCUCGGCCCUUUUCCCGUGGCACCCGUCGUCCCUUGGAAGUUCCAUGCUGAGUAGCACAAAUCAUGGAUGUUUGAUGCUUGUCAAGUAUUUUGCAGAGCAACAAAUCAAGGCGUUGGUCCAACUCUGUCAGCUUAUAGCUGUCAUUUGUCCUUGAAAGCAAAAGUUUGUUGGGCUAAGAUGAUGCAGACCAUGGAGACAAUCAACGUAUCCUUCCUGACUGACUCGGAGCGGAAGCUGAUCUUGGAUGUGUUGCACAGGGACGAGGAGCUGAGACGACUGGAGGAGCAGCGGGUUAAGAGGCUGAAGACAGAGCUGUUGGAGAUCAGAAGGAAGGGAGCAAAGCGCAGCAGUGGGAAUUACAUUGAGCGCAGCUGUGGACGCUGCCAGGAGCCCCUGGGUCGUUUAGGCUCUCGCACCAACCAGUGCCUGGCAUGCAAACACCAGGUGUGCCAAAACUGUCGCUCCGUCCAACCCAACAGAUCCUGGGUGUGCAGUGUGUGUGCCAAGGAGGCAGACCUAAAGAAGAGCACAGGCGACUGGUUCUAUGACCAGAGGGUUAACCGCUUUUCCACAACUCCAGGACACGACAUAGUGCGAGUCUCCCUCAGGAAGAGGCCUCCAAUGAAGAAGCGUGAAACUACAGGAGAGGUGCUGCUGAACAGUACAGAGUUAAACUCCAGCCAGACUUUACCUGUACCUAGACCGAGACUGAAGGACCUUGCUCAGGCCAACCAGACCCCUUCUAAUGAGCAACUGCAGCGCAGUGACACCGACUCAGAGAGAACCAGCAUCAGCAGCAGCCGUGCAGACACAGAUUCCUUGCACAGUACUCCGUCACUGCAGAGGAAAGGAGAGGUGGUGACCAAGUCCAGUCCAGCAGGCUCCACUGUCAGUGUGACCGCUCCUGCUCCUGCACCUUCUAAAACCCACAGUCCUUCUGGAUCCACCUCUGGCACUGAGACUUCUUCUUUAAUUCAUCACAUUAACCCCUGCUCAGAGAACUUCAGUGAUGUUGAUGGGCUUUUCAAGAAGAGUGUCAGACGAGUGCACAAAUUAUCAGAUUUCAAGCCAAGCUCUGUAACGGACGUGCGUAAAGACAGCGCUGAUGUCACCACAUCCUCUAUGGGAGACAGAAGCAAGUCAGUCCCAGGGCUCAACGUAGAUGAAGAGGAGGAGGAGGAAGACAUUGACAGCUUGGUCAGCAUGCACAGAAAGACUGUGGGUAAUAGUACCACCAGCCUUCGGAGCUCCAGGAGCACUCUGGGCAGUAUGACAAGUGUGUACAGUGAGGCAGGAGAUUAUGACACUGUGGACGUGACGGGAGAAAUCGUCUUCUCCCUUCACUAUGAUGAAGCGGCUCAGAGCCUGUCAGUUAUGGUCAAAGAGUGCUGCGGGCUGGCUUAUGCUGACGCUGCCAGAAAGAAGUGCAACCCAUAUGUCAAGAGCUACCUUCUACCAGACAAGUCCCGUCAGAGCAAGAAAAAAACUGCUAUCAAAAGUAAGACUAUCAACCCCAGCUACAACGAGACCUUAAAGUACUCCAUCACUCGCUCCCAGCUGAUGACUCGUAUCCUCCAGCUGUCGGUCUGGCACUAUGACCGUUUUGGGCGCAACGCGUUUCUUGGGGAGGUGGAAGUGCCACUGGACUGCCAUGACAUUGACUCUGCUCACGAAGAGUCUGUGGCCCUCAGGGGAAAGGCAACCAACUCCUUGGCACAAUCUGCUUUUGCCCAGUCCAAAGGAGAACUGGUGAUUUCCUUAAAGUACAUCUCAGAGAAAAAGACACCCGCAGAAAAGUCACGAGGCAAAAAGGCCAAAGUAGACAAUGGUGGAGAGCUGCAUGUGUUAAUAAAGGAGGCCAAGAAUCUUUCUGCAAUGAAAGCAGGGGGCACUUCCGAUUCGUUCGUAAAAGGAUACCUGCUGCCAUCCAAGGGAAAGUCGAACAAGAAGAAGACGCAGGUGGUGAAGAAAACAGUGAACCCGCACUGCGACCACACGUUUGUUUACAAAGAGCUGAGUCUGGAGCAGCUGAAGGGCAUGUGUCUGGAGCUCACUGUCUGGGACCGAGAGGCCAUGUCCAGCAAUGACUUUUUGGGGGGAGUCCGUCUGAGCUCAGGGGCAGUCCGGCUGAAGGAAAAUAAGCAGGAGUGGGUGGCCGACUCUACAGAAGAGGAAGUGUCUCUGUGGCAGAAGAUGAUGCAGUUCCCAGACUCGUGGGCAGAGGGCACUCUCCCGCUGCGUUCCUCCAUGGGCAAGGGCAAGUAAGGACACCCUCAAAAACCUGAUGUCAACAACCUAACAUAGGAGCAGGACACGUUAAACCUUUCAAUUUAAUGAAAACACUCAGACUUGCCAUAUUAAAGAGUAAUAAACACUAAAGAUGACCCCAAGGUUGUAAAGGAACAGUUUUAACAUACAUUUUAGUUGUACAUUCACAAAAAUAUAAUUUUAUUUUUAAGAAAGUACAAACUCACAAGCCAGUUUAAACAGUUUAACUGAGUGGGGUUUUUAGAGCAUGGCUGAGUAUUUAUUUUUUGUUACCUUUUCUAUGUAAAUACUUUUAAAUUUCAUAUAAUAUGCAAUAAAUAUUUCUUAAAGAUUGCACAGAAAAA